AUUUCGCAUUCAAACACUUUGUUCUGUUUCCUUUCAGUACCACACCUCCUUUGCUGCAUAGCUGUCACUCCCACCCAACCCUCCAGAAACAAGCGCGCUCACAAUCCACACUCCCAACACAACCCUGUAACUCAGCAAAGGCUGUGGCGUGACAGAGGGCUUUUUUCCCUUCCUUUCACAGGGACAUCUGCAACUCAACAGAUACCACAUAGAACGCGUGACCACCUCCCACCCAAAGUUGGGAAGGCAACAGCAGUCCAGCAAGGCUGGAGAACUCUAGCCAUCCUUCAUUCUUACAUACGGAGCUGCACGGUUGGAGAUACCGUCAUCAUGGAUUCGGACGACGAGUUCAUGAGCGAUGUGACAAGCCAGCUUGACGAAGAUAUGGAUUUCAUUGGUACUCAAGAUAGUGAUGAGGAUAGUCUAGGUGAAGAUUUUGACGCUGACCUGGGUGCCUCUUUCACGGACGAGAAAGAAGUAACGAAGAAGUCACGGAAAGCCUAUGAAGUCGAAUUCAAAGUCCUGAGCCCGGAUGAUAUACAACGAGAGCAAACGGUACAGAUCAACGAGGUCUCCUCUAUCCUCGGCCUACCCCCUGAGUCUGCGGCUAUUUUACUCCGGUUCGGUCGGUGGAACAGAGAGAGGCUGAUCGAGUCGUAUAUGGACCACCCAGAGAAAAUAUUAGAAGAGGCGGGACUAGGGUCUAAUAUCACCGGAACGCCGAAGACGGAAGUUGUCGAUGGGUUUAUGUGUGAUAUUUGCUGUGAGGACGGCGAGGAUUUGCAAACAUUUGCCAUGCGAUGUGGUCAUAGAUUCUGCGUUGAUUGCUAUCGUCAUUAUCUUGUGCAGAAAAUCAAGGAGGAAGGUGAGGCAGCUAGGAUACAAUGCCCGCAAGACCAGUGUCAACAAAUUGUGGACUCGAAAAGUCUCGAAUUACUCGUUCCGGAUGACAUUAAGGAGAGGUACCAUAUCCUCUUAACAAGAACUUACGUUGACGACAAAGCGAACUUGAAAUGGUGCCCGGCCCCGAAUUGCGAAUUUGCUGUGGAUUGCUCGGUAAAGACGCGAGAACUCGACCGGAUCGUCCCCACAGUACGUUGCUCGUGCGCACACAUGUUCUGCUUCGGCUGUACUCUAAACGACCAUCAACCCGCUCCCUGCGCCAUUGUCAAAAUGUGGUUGAAGAAGUGCAAGGACGAUUCAGAAACCGCAAACUGGAUAUCAGCCAACACUAAGGAGUGUCCCAAAUGUCACUCGACAAUAGAAAAGAAUGGUGGAUGUAACCAUAUGACAUGUCGAAAGUGCAAGCACGAAUUUUGCUGGAUGUGUAUGGGCCUGUGGUCAGAACACGGCACCAGCUGGUAUAACUGCAAUCGUUACGAAGAGAAGUCUGGCGCCGAGGCGCGGGAUGCCCAGGCGCGGUCUCGAAGAUCUCUUGAAAGAUAUCUCCAUUAUUACAACCGUUAUGCAAAUCACGAGCAGUCGGCCAAGCUCGACAAGGAUCUAUAUCUGAAGACGGAGAAGAAGAUGGUAAACCUCCAGACUCAAUCAGGCAUGUCGUGGAUCGAGGUGCAAUUUUUGGAUACGGCCUCCCGAACUCUCCAAGAGUGCAGGCAGACACUCAAAUGGACAUAUGCUUUCGCCUUUUACCUUGCACGUAACAAUUUGACCGAGAUGUUUGAAGACAACCAGAAGGACCUAGAAUUGGCCGUGGAAAGCUUAAGUGAGAUGUUCGAAAAGCCCGUUGCCGAAUUAGCGGAAGUGAAGGGCGACAUUCUAGAUAAGACAGCAUAUUGCGAUCGAAGGCGAUGCACGUUACUCAGCUAUACAGCUGAGAAUUUGAAAGCUGGGGAAUGGUCCUUCAAUGUUGAUAUUACCAUGGCAUAGACUAAGGAUGCUUCUCUCAUUUUUUUUUUUCAUUUUUUUUUUCUCAGCUAUAUCUGGUCUUGAUGAUGGUUGAAGAUUUUAUGCCUGGCGUAAAGGGUAGCAUAUUUGCAAUUAUCUGACCAGUUUCGAAACAUAUGUAACCUGAACAGUUCUCAGUGCCUAAUUCUUCGUUUAUGCUAUCUACGAAGGCUUUUAUAUUUACCUUAACGGGACACGACGCAUGAUCUCAAAACAUUUGACAUGGCGACAAUAUUUUCUUGAUAUGCAUUAGGAGGAUAUUACCAAAAAUACAUGAUGACUCUGAUAGCAGAAUUAAAUGUAUAAUAUGCUGCUAUAUUCCACAUAGACUACCGUUUUUGCAUUUUAUCUGAUCUCUUUUGAUGAGAGAACGCAACC